CACAUCGCUGUUCAUAUAAUAUGCGCAUCUCCGGUACAUUUACCCACAAAAAUUUAUUUAUUGAAAUCACACUCGAAGGAUGUUGCAGCGCGUGUCGCGUGGAUUUCCCUUCUUAGGGCGAUGUGGCAUUCGAACGACAUCCACCGUGCCCACAAAUCAGGCGUACCCGGGUGAGGAGGUGGAGGUCAGUGCGACGGUGAAGAGGAUCCGCGCGGAAUUGGCAGCGGAUAAGCAGAAACUUAAGUGGCGCACUCCGAUUGGCGACCGGCCGGAGGAUUGGAGCAGCAAGCUAAAGCUGUUCUCCAAUGCGGAGCAAACCUCAGAUUUCAUCGUGAUGAUGCAGAAACCAAUCGAUCUGAGUCCGAGGAACAUACGACAGUGGUGGGAGAACCGGGAGGAGCGCAUUGAGCGACACAUGCAGCAGUUUGUUCCGGAAAGACACAAGAUUCUGGGCGCUGAAUUGGCUGCGGCACAUUUCAUACUGUACCGCGGCGGGGCCGUCAAAUUCAUCAACGAUACCCACUGGCGCCGAGCCACCAAGGAUGGAGAAUUCAAUCUGCCUAAUAAGUUCGAUCCUCGCUAUAAAGUAGAGGCCUUAAGGUGUGAUAACAUGGAACUCUACUACGAGGGAUUGGAGAACCUACGCUGCCUGGACUCCCUUAAGUUCCUGUCCUUUCACAACGUAAAAACUUUUGAUGACUGGUGUCUGGAUAGGAUUUCGGGAGGUGGCUUCCCUCAGCUGGAAGUGCUCGACCUUUCGGGCACCCAAAUCACCACCAACGGAUUGGCCUGCCUAUAUCGUCUUCCCCAGCUUAAAUUACUGAUCCUGGAUGAUCCCAAGGAGACUCUGGAAUUGGAAUUGGUCACAGUCAUGUUGGAGGAGUCCAUGCCCGCUUUAAAAAUUGUUGGCGCCGAUGCUAUUCACAGCUAAGGCUAAAUUUGUUUAGCCUAUAUAAGGGAUUUAUGCGAUUUUUAAGUUUAGGUGAAUAUAAAUGUUUUUAAUAACAAAAUA